AUGGCCGCGCCACCAUCGAAUCGGCCUGAAAUGGGCGAUAUCCUGGUAGUCAUCCAUGACUUCCAAGCCCGGAGUUCCGACGAAUUGAGUCUAGUCAAGGGCGACCGCGUCGAGCUGAUUGAGAGGGACGAUGAGUUUAACGAUGGCUGGUUCCUGGGCAGACACAUGGUCAAUGGCAAUAGCGGACUGUUCCCAGAAGUGUACACCCGACUAGCCCCCAUGAACACGAACCCCCCGAAUGGUAACUCGACGCCGAGACAGAGCCUUGCUACUGUUGCCGAGACGGCCAACGAGCAGAGGACAGAGGCCGUCUCAAGCCCGCUCGUAGAAGAUCGCAACCUCGCCCCGUCGCCACCCAUACCCUCGGAGCCGGCACAGCCAACACCCGUUACCCUGCCUCUGAGUUCGUUCACCUCGAAGACGGUAACAAGCAUCCCCGCCGCAAGCGUCCCAAGCACGCCACCGACCCAUUCUCUAUCCGGCAUCAAUACCAUCGGGCGUCCGAGCACAAGUCAAGACAGCCAUGUCUUACACGAAACACUGAACGUCAUCAACGAGCAUAUCACGGACCUCAGUUCCCCCCAGCUGAACGACGCGUUGCGGGCAGUGGCCAACGACUCCGAAAGCGAGUACAGCUCGCACAUGGACCACCGGAUGUCAUACAUACAGGGGGAGGAGACGGACGAAGAGGAGGAUGGAACCCGCUCGCGUUCCGAAGUUAUAUCUUGGUCGGCCGAUGACGUUGCCGAGUACCUGUUCACGUCGGGUGUUGAAAAGCAUCAUUGUGAGGUGUUCCGGGAUCAAGAAAUCACGGGUGAAGUGCUCCUAGGCAUGGACCAGACCUCGCUCUUCAUAAAAGCGUUUGACCUUGGCUCGGUGGGACGUCGGCUCAAGACCUGGCAGAAGAUCAAGGCGCUACAGGACGAAGUGAACGGGCAAGGCCAAUCCACGCGGAGGACGACGCAGACGUACGGGAGCGAGGCUGGGUCCGACGCAGUGGGACGAAUGAGGAGUAGGACUAGCACCCUGACAAGCUCCGUCCAGAGGAUGGCGCCACUUGACGAUCGACCACCGUCGGUACAGACGAGGCGCGUGUCGCUGACACAAACACCAAGGAUGGAGCCAACGCAGCCCCUGACCCCGGUGUCACCACUGAUGGAGAGCCCGACCAGACCCUUCCACAUCAAGCGGCCCUCAGCUGCAUCCGUCCGAGAUUUACACCACUCCCGUCGUCACUCCUCUACCGACUUCCGUCUGACGGGGACAACGCUGGACACUGCUGUAACCCCCAAGUUGGCUACUAGCGGCAUGCUUCCGCCUCCGCCCCCUCAGCCCGUCCCUGUCGCCCAUAAGAAACAGCCCUCUUUCGACCGGAAUUGGACCCUUCGGAGUGCAACGGCCUCCGCCCCGCGCCCAUCAUCUUCGGCCGGGGUUCAGCAGGAUGUCGUGACAGCAUCGAAUCUUGACCCUCAGGAUUCUGCUGUGGACAUUGACCGCGGCUACUUCUCUGGUACUGACGCUGACUCGAAGCGACGCAACGUAUUAAGAAAGCGGGAGAUUGAACAAGUUCGCCACUCGCGGAAGUCCAGCUACGCAGAAGAGCAGCGGGUUCGGACUGCCACGGCACUUUCCAGGCACUCAAGGUUCGGCAGUGUGGACUCUGUGCGUGAGCCAACCUUGGGGACGUCGACCGCAGCCCAGAAAUAUUACGGAAUAGCAGCCAGCAUCCACCGGCGCACCGCGUCCAGCGCUACUACCGAGUCAAUAAGACCAGUACCCCCGGCAAAAGACAGUCCUUCACCUACGGUAACGAUCCUUGACGGUUCCACUGAGAGGCCGCGACCUCCUCCAAUAACGCCGAUUUCGCCCCCGAAUCGCCAAGCCAUGCAUGCCGACUGGUACACCAGGUCCGGUAUCAAGGGCGGGUUUGGCCUGAGGGCUAUCUCGGAUGCGGUCACCGGGAGCGAGCGCUCCAAGCUUGCUUUGUCGGCCGACUCCAUAUCCAAAGAGUCUCCAAUACAAUCCCCGGCCAGGACCGGGUCUACCACGCCGUCAGCCGAGCCGAGCUUCGAGUUGGAUUCCCCCAACGCCGCCAAGAGUCCCAACACGGCGACCACAGCGUCCAGUCGGAAUAACGGUCGAAAGAAGACCAAGAAGGAGACGAGUGCAUACCUCCGGGGGCUUCAGAAGUGUACUCCCAGAGAGGCGAUGGUGGAUGCCGAUUAUACCGGGUGGAUGAAGAAGAAGAGCUCGAAUCUGAUGACGACCUGGAAGCCCCGUCUCUUCGUCCUCAAGGGCCGGCGGCUGGCUUACUACUACUCGGAGGACGAUGACCAAGAGAAGGGUCUCAUCGACAUAUCUUUCCACCGAGUGCUGCCGGCGGACAAUGAGAAACUCACCGGCUUGCACGCCACCCUGACCGGGGCUUCCAACACGCCGACGAUGCCGGCCGGCAGUAACGUCCCGACACUCGCCGCCGCGCAAGCCGAGGCCGAUCCGACCACGGAGUCGGACUCGAUCUUCAUCUUCAAACUGGUACCCCCGCGUGCGGGGCUCUCCAGGGCGGUCAACUUUACCAAGCCCACCGUGCACUACUUUGCAGUCCCCAACAUCAAACAGGGGAGGCUGUGGAUGGCAGCGCUGAUGAAGGCGACCAUCGACCGCGACGACGCCCAGCCGAUCACGACGACGUACCAGCAGAAGACCAUCUCCCUCGCCCGGGCCCGGGCGAUGCGCCACAGGCCGCCCAACCUCAUGAACCUCGACGAGGCGGCCGAGGAGGCGGGGGCCGACCGGGACGAGGCCGACGCCGACGCCGACGCGGCCGACGGCCUCGGCAUCGUCUACGACGGCGCCGACAGCGGGGUGUCGGGCCUGGAGAAGAUGGGCCUCCAGAAGGUCGAGAGCGCCAGGUCGAGAGGCUUCCCCCUCGGAGACGAGAAGGACUCGAGACUUCCUCAGAGCGCUUGA